ACAUUUUGUACAAGCUGUGCGUCUGGUUCGAAACGAGAGUUCCACUCAUCUCGUUGGAAAACUCAUGUCAUACAGAUUUACAGGCAAAUGGAUUUUUAUAACAAGAUUUCAUUGGCUUGUAUGUGGCAGUGCCACGUAUGAAUAUAGUUAACUAUCCCACUUGUCGCUAUAAAAAUUUAUUAUCUGAGCAUUUCUAGUCGUCCUUCGUGGCAAAGGAGGAAAACGACUAAAUCGAACCAAUUUUUUCUCCCCCCUCCCCAAAUUUAAGUUCUCUUUUGAAAACCCGCGCGAUGAAAAUCCAUGAUGGCGGCUAAAUUGGCGGGAAUGGGUGAGGAAUGAAGCAAGAUGGUCGUCGCGCGAAUUUGAUAUAACAAAGACGUUUGACCUUCAGUCAGGAAUGUUUUUGAUACUUCCGAAUUUAUGAUUGCAUAGUUCACCCAACAUAUACUUUUACUGUGUGUGUAGCUUAAUAUUAAGUGUUUCACGAUCAGUCGUAAUUAAAAUGCUGAAAAUGGAGCUGUCACUAUGCUAUCACUGGUCGCGACUAUUUCGACCUCAAACGGGAAAGUGGCAGCGCAAAUGCGAUAUACCUACAUUUGUCAUCGUGAAAUCCUUCUCAUGGAUUGGAUUUGUAUCUGUUUCAUAUUCAAAUUUGCUUUAGUGCAUGUAUUAGAAGCCCCACCAAAGCAUUAUUCUACUGUGAAUUAGUGUAGCACUGCAGUGUGAUUACAGCCAGACCUGCUGUAAGUCAACCCAAGCUCUGCGUCUGUUUCAAAACUACAGCUCCACCCAGGUCUGUCGAAAACUAUGACAUAUCAUCGAAACUGAUCUGGGAAUGCAGUUUUCCUCCAGCUGAUUCUACUAGGUUCCAUUUUCAAUGCAAUAUGUGAAUUUAGCUAUAUACCUUGCUGUUUCACAGACAAUACUUCAGAGCAUUUCUUGCCACUCUUUCGAUAAGGUUCCAGAAUGAAGUUGUCCCUGAUGUUCUUCUUCAUCGUUUGCUUAGCAGUCAUUGCUGUGAAAGCUCAGACAAAAACAAUUCUGAAGUUAACGACGACUAAGGCAGGCGUGAAACCUGUUACCACAACAGCUUCCCCGGCUAUAAAAUCCUAUAAAGUUUGCCGUGACACAACUUCAACAGCGGCUAGUGGAUCCAUUCAGCCCUUAGACGGGCUAACACCGGUGGCAACCGGACCACCGAAGACCUGCAAUUUCACCAUCACCGCACCUACAAACCAUUCAGUUCAGAUGUCUUGCUCGCUUGCAAAUCUGACUGUUACAUCUAUUUUCUUCAAUGCUUCAUCCUCAUCCACAUUUUCAAGUUCAUUGAUCUUGGACGGAAUCCUCGACAUUUACUACAAUAAUAUAAUCGUACCAAAUAGGGUAUAUACUUCGUACAAAAACCAAAUGACUGUAAAUUAUCGAGUGCUCAACGCAACAGACAAAUUUGAUUGCAAAUGGACAACAAUUAAGGCGCCCACGACAACGAGAGAUUUCAAAUGGUGUCGAGAUAGUGAGACGGAUGCAACCAAUGGAUCCAUUCAAGCUAUACGUGAAACUUUGAAUGGAACAACUUACAAGAACGUAGCUAGACUUUGUCCUUUCUUCAUCAAUUUACCAUCCAAUGGUCAAAUCCAGAUGUCUUGCCCGUUCAAUUCCUCAUCUCAGAAUUUUCUUCUACUGACAUUCAGAUCUGCCAGUGAUUUUUAUUUCUUUCAAUCUAAAUUCAACAAGACCGCUACAAAUAGAAAUCAAGUAGAUUUACUGUCGUUGCGUAAAAUUACCGAUACUGAUACUCCAAUUAGUUGUAACUGGACCACGACAGCAUCCACCACAGCAACUACAAAUUUCAAGUACUGCGUUCACGUACAAUCAACGGCCAAAAACGGGACCAUUUCAUCAAUAGCUAAAACGACUGACUCAAACAUUACUUGUUUAUUCUCCGUCUUCGCUUCCCUUGGUCAGCGCAUUCAGAUCUCUUGCACAAAUGUCAACUUAUUACGUCGUGACAGUAGUCUGAUAUUAUCUGAAAACGGUGAAAUCGUUGCAAGGCCAUCCUUGAACGAUGUUUACAUGACAAUUACCAAUCGAUUAGAUGUUAUAUCUAUGUUAAGCAAAGGUGAUUCGUUUCGAUGUAACUGGACGACGGUAAAAAUCCCGCCAACGUCUAAUUUCAAAUUAUGCCGAGAUGGAGAGGCAAAGGUAGCCCCUGGAUCAAUUACACCUUUUAUUAAUACAAUAGUAGGAGGAGAACCUAGGAUAUGUCGCUUUACCAUCGUCGCACCUUUGAAUAAACGGGUUCGAUUGUCUUGCCCGGUCUCCAGCAUUGAUAUAACACUGUUUGAAUUCAACCCCUUCACCUCAAUUAUCGAUAUAUCUGUCGUCAACAAGGUUUAUACAUCAACGAGAAAUGAAAUGAACCUGUUAUCGGUAAUAAGGAACUCAUUUGAGUUGAAUUGCACUUGGAAGUUCGUGUAAGCAUAUUUGUAUAACGGUCCUGGAAUGUGUGUUUCCCUCAAUAAUUGUCGGAAAUGAAUGACGGGAAAAAGAGAAGAAAGCGCAGAAAAGAUUUAUUGUCAAAGUAAACGACUAUAUCCCAACCCCGAAAUUUAAUACCUUGCAGGCCGUAAAGAUUGAUUCACCCAAUAUUCCUUCAAUUAAAUUUUCUUCAAUUUAAUUUUCUUCAAUUUAAUUUUCUUAUUCAUGGUACAAGGUUUUCCCUAUUUCAAUAGUGUAGCUACCCUCUAUGUGAGUUCAAUACGCUUAUUGUUUGUUAUGAGCAACAAUUACUGUUUUUCCUUUAGAUUUUCUUUCUCUCCAGUAGCUACAUAGUACAUACGCAAAAUAUUAUGCUGUGACACAAGUAAGGAAAUAUUUAAUAAUCACUUGGGAAUAAAAUAAGCCAUAUGCCUAA